UAAAAACGACUGACUUGAUGGCUGCUGAGCUAAUUUUCGCAGCUCGUACACUCACCAACCGCGACAGAGAUCGAUCAGAAGCCAGCACGGAAAAAACAUAACGAUCGAAACCCAAAGACGAAGAGCACGGCGCACUAUUCGCACGCACGCCUGCUGGCUGAAGCUCCCUGGAAUGUGGAUCCACGUGUCGGCGGAGCCUGCCGGCGGCCGGCCCGACCUCGUUGAUCGGAUCAAAGUGCGUCCUCGUUGAGCAGAUCGCGACACCAGAUUCAAGCUGGGCUCGAGCUCGACCGCACCAAACCACCAGCAUUGUUUACACUCGCGUGCAGGCCGGGCACGAAGCCGAGCCGGCGCGCCGCGGGAAGAACCCCACAUGUUGCAGGCCGCAGGCGCCAGGCGUGCACGGGGGCGUUCCGGUCUCGCGUGGAUCCAACGACCCGUGCUGCCUCGGACGCCGGGGGCACGGUGCCCUCUAUAGCACUUUCACUCACGACCCACGUCUGGACGCUCGCCACCACUCCGCGCGCGCUCCCCAUUAAUACUCCCACCGGAAAAGGAGACGAGGGACGAGAGGCCAACCCCCGUCCCGAGUACCCGACCCGACCACCACCCGCCGCUCGGACCCCAGCUGGAUUCAUAGGCAGGUAGCUAGCUAGCUCCCCUCCAUGGGGCCGAGCCCGAGCAAUGGCCGCCGGCGGCUCCUGGUCCUCGUCGCGGCCGCGGUCGCCGGCGCGGCCGCGGACACCGUGACGGCGCAGCAGGGCCCGCCGACGGGGCCGGGGCCCAGCUACUUUGACCCCAAGAACUUCAACCCGUCCAUGGCGGUCGUCAUGGUGGUGCUCGUCACGGCCUUCUUCCUGCUCGGCUUCUUCUCCAUCUACCUGCGCCGCUGCGCGGGGCCCCCGCUGGGCGGGCCCGACGAGUACCCGGCGGGCGGGCGGCGGCCGGGGGUCGCGUACGCAUCGCGCUCCAGGAGAGCGCGCGGGCUGGACCGCGCCGUGCUGGAGUCGUUCCCGACCAUGGCCUACGCCGACGUCAGGGCGCACAGGGCCGGCAAGGGCGAGCUCGAGUGCGCCGUGUGCCUCAGCGAGUUCGACGACGACGAGACGCUCCGGCUCCUGCCCAGGUGCGCCCACGCGUUCCACGCCGACUGCAUCGACGCCUGGCUCGCGUCGCACGUCACCUGCCCCGUCUGCCGCGCCGUCCUCGCCCCCGACUACGAGGCCCCGGCGCCCCCGCUGGCGCCGGCAGGCGUCGUGCCCGCCGCGGAGCAAGACGCCCCUGCAGUGCCGGUGCCGCAGCAGCCGGCGGCAGAACCAGCUACGGCGCCGGAGCAGGCGGUGGUCGUCGUCGUCGAUGCCGAGGAGACGGAGGAGGAGAGAAUCAGGAGGGAGGAAGCCGCCGAGCUGAUGCGGAUCGGCAGCGUCAAGCGCGCGCUGCGGAGCAAGUCGGGCCGGCGGCCCGCGCAGUUCCCGCGCUCGCACACCACGGGCCACUCGCUCGCUGCGCCCGCGGACGCCGCCGCCGCCGCCGCCGAGACCUCGGAGCGGUACACGCUGCGGCUGCCGGAGCACGUGCUCAGGGAGGUCGUCGCGGCGGGCAACCUCCGGCGGUCGGCGAGCGUCCAGACAGGCGGUGACGGGAGCGUGCGGCGCGUCUUCCUCGGCGCCCGCACCGGGAGGAGCGUCCGGCUCGGCAGCUCCGGCCGGUGGCCCAACAUGUCGAUGCUGGCGCGCACCUUCUCCGCGAGGCUGCCGGCGUGGGGCUCCAUGCGGCGCGGCGAGGCCGACGCGCCGGCCAAGGGCGCGAAGGUCGCCGGCGACGGCAAGACCGUGGAGCAGUGCGACGGCGGGGCGUGCCCACUUGGCGCCCAUGUUUGACGUGGCUUUUCUAGCGUCAGGUCCAAGUGCUCAGAGUACAGUAUCCCGGUAAAAAGGUUAGGAACGUGUCCUUGUCGUCGCCGUCACUGCUUCUUUUGGCGGCAAAGCACAGUGGGUGAUUGGGUGUGUAUAUAACUUUAACUGUCGGUACAAAAAAAAAACAGAUUCUGCGUUCGUUUUGGCGGCAAAGCACAGUGGGUGAUUCAGGGAGGUAACAAAUUCUUGUGAUGAUGAGUAUUCCUAAUAUGUUUUAAAUGCCUGAACAUUUCUUUUC